AUGGCAGAGGUGGCUGGAUUUCUCGGGAGCAUCGAUCUGGAUUUGCAGGCUUUUCCAGCAUUGGGGAACGUGCCUCUGUCAGAUGGUUUGAAUGAAAGAUUGGGUCUGAUUGAGGGCAGACUGCAGCGCGGAUCGCUCACGGAUUUUGGCCACCUGAAAGGCAUCCUGCGCAGGAGACAGCUCUACUGCCGCACCGGCUUCCAGCUGGAGAUAUUUCCCAACGGGACGGUGCACGGGACUAGACAGGACCACAGCAGAUUCGGUAUUCUGGAGUUUAUCAGUCUGGCCGUCGGGUUGGUGAGCAUACGAGGCGUGGAUGCUGGUCUCUAUCUGGGGAUGAAUGAAAAAGGUGAACUCUAUGGGUCGAAGAAGCUGACGGCUGAGUGUGUCUUCCGUGAGCAGUUUGAAGAAAACUGGUACAACACGUAUGCGUCGACACUCUUCAAGCAUGCAGACACUGGGAGGUACUAUUACGUGGCUCUGAACAAGGACGGCUCGCCUCGGGAAGGCAGCAGGACUAAAAAGCAUCAGAAGUUGACUCACUUCCUGCCCAGGCCCGUCGAGAUAGAAAAGAUACCCCAAGCUUACAGAGAAUUGUUCCAGCAUAGGUGA